GGCAGAAACUGCAGCGGCAGCCCUCAAAAAUGCUGGUGAGAAUGUAACUGAUAGCCUUUUGAUUGCUAUGGUUUUGAAAGGUCUACCAGAAACUUUCAAGCCCUUCACUGUAGUAAUAACGCAAAAUGAAAAGAAACAAACAUUUAGUGACUUCAAAGCAGCCUUACGAAGUUUUGAGGAGACCGAACAAGCUAGAGCAAGCAAUUCUACUGAGGGAGACUCGAUUUUGCAGACAAUUAAUAGACAUAAACAAGAUUCAUUCGGUAUAAAGGACAAGAAACUUUGCUAUUAUUGUGGCCAACCAGGUCAUUUUGCUUGUCAGUGUCCAAAUAAAGAGAAACCCAAGAACAAAUUGUGGUGUAAAACUUGCCACAGUUCCACACACAAUGAUAACACUUGUCGUAAAAAUAAAAAUAAAGGCAAAAGCGAGAACAAUAAAGCUAACAAAGCUUUGAAUGUUGAGCAGGGAGAACAUUAAUUUGCCUUCCAGAUUAAAGCACAGCAGGGUGUUAGCAAGAUAAAUGUAGAACCCCCGAGCAAACUUCUGGUGGAUUGUGGUGCAACUACCCAUAUUAUUACUGAUCAAUCAAAGUUUUCCAGCUUUGACCAAACAUUCAGACCAGAAUCACAUUACAUUGAACUAGCUGAUGGGACUCGAUCAAAUAAUAUUGCACUCAAGAGAGGAAAUGUGAACUUGCCUGAUAUAUCACAUGACGUGAUAUAUCACAGAUUCUACAGGAAGAUGUGUCAAUGCCUCAUUAAAGAAUGCUCUGUAUAUACCAUCAUAUCCUCAGGACAUAUUUUCAGUACAAGCUGCCACUGAGAAAGGUGCUAGUGUUAUUUUCCAUCCACAGUCGGCAGAGCUAAUCAGCAAAGAUGGUACAAAGCUUAAUAUUGAGAAGCAUGGUAAACUAUACUAUUUACAUGUAGGACCAUAUAGUGAUAUAGAAAACUCUGACUCAGUAAAUUAUACUAGUGAUUUAAAGGGCUGGCAUGAAAUACUUGGUCAUUGCAAUUAUGAAGAUGUAGUGAAACUCCAAGAUGUAGUUGAUGGCAUGAAGGUAAGUGAUAGUAGUAGUAAACCAGAUUGUGAUACUUGUGUUUUAGGGAAAAUGACUCAAAGUAGGAAUAGAAAUCCCGAUGUUCGAUCUAAAGCCCCUUUAGAGCUUGUGCACGCUGAUCUUGCUGGUCCAGUUGACCCUAUGUCAAAGGAAGGAUUUAGAUAUACUAUAGCUUUCACUGAUGAUUAUUCAGGUGCUGUGUUUGUGUAUUUUCUUAAAAAUAAGAGUGAUACUGUCGAGGCCACAAAGAAAUUCCUAGCUGAUUCAGCCCCAUACGGAAAUGUUAAACGAUUAAGGUCAGAUAAUGGUGGUGAAUUUAUUUCCAAUAAAUUUAAAUCUCUUCUAAGUGAAAACAAAAUAAAACACGAGACCUCAGCGCCUUACUCGCCUCACCAGAAUGGGACAGCUGAGCGUCAUUGGAGGACCCUAUUUGAGAUGGGAAGAUGUAUGCUUAUUCAGGCAAAUCUAAGUAAAGUGCUAUGGCCAUAUUCAAUUAUGGCAGCUGCAUACAUCAGGAAUAGGUGCUACAAUAAUCGCCUAAAGCAAACACCCUAUUUUGCUCUUACUGGUCGAAAGCCAAACUUAGCAAAUAUGAGAGUGUUUGGCAGUGUAUGUUAUGCUUAUGAGCAGGAUAAGCAAAAACUAGACCCCCGGUGCAAAAAGGGUAUUUUCGUGGGUUUUGAUAAGGAUAGCCCUGCUUACUUAGUGUACUUUUCAGAAACUGGAAAAGUACUCAAGUACAGAGUAGUGAAAUUCACUACAAAGAAUGUUAGUGAACAGGAAACCCAAACUGAGGACACAUCAAGUGUUGAUUUUAGGAUGUCCCAGGACAAUAAUGGUCCAUGUAAUUCCUUGGAUGUUCAGAACCCAGGGACCACCCAUGAAGGCCCUUGCCAACAGACUGAGGAGUCUGAUGAACCUGAUCAACAGACUGAAGAGUCUGAUGAGAGUAAGGCAGAUAUGAAUUUACAAUCUGAUGAUGGUAUAGGUCACUCACGACAUGAAAGAAAACCCCCAUCAUAUCUUAGUGAUUAUAUUAAAAAUGUCCAAAUUGGGACGGAUCAGGUAUCGGGCGAUGUUGAUUACUGUUAUAAGGUAUCAGGUUUUCCAGAAACAUAUCAGGAAGCUAUAGAAUCUCCUCAUGCAGAGCUUUGGAAAGCUGCAAUGAGGGAGGAAAUGAAUUCUCUAAAUGAGAAUAACACAUUUACUUUAACAGCAUUGCCAGAGGGUCGGCAAACAGUGGGCGGUAGAUGGGUGUACACCAUCAAGGAAAGCCCAAGCAUGGCUAAAAGAUAUAAAGCCAGAUAUGUGGCAAAAGGUUAUAGUCAAAUAAAAGAUAUUGACUAUCACGAAACUUUUGCUCCAACUGCAAAUCUAACAACAAUCCGAGCUUUAAUGCAAAUUGCUGCAAAGCAGGAUUUAAUUUUACAUCAAAUGGAUGUAAAAACUGCGUAUCUCAAUGCUCCCAUUGAUUGCGAGAUAUACAUUGAGCAGGCUGAAGGUUUUGAAACCCCUUCCAAUUCUGGAGAGAAAUUGGUAUAUAAGUUGAACAAAUCUUUGUAUGGUUUGAAGCAAUCCGGACGGAAUUGGAAUAGCAUGUUGCAUAAGUAUUUAAUCGAAAACAAUUUUGUGCAAAGUAAUGUUGAUCACUGUUUGUAA